AUGGGGUCUGCUGCAGGCGUUCUGCUAUCUUCUUUCUGUUUCGUUCAUUUCGUACUCUCAUCCAGCGAUCCGAUAGCCCUCUCAAUACCCCCAAGUCUCUACUGGGACGGCGUCGAUGGCUCAUGGUCUACCUUUCACGUCCAAGUCGGCACGCCUGGGCAGACGGUCAGGCUCCUCCCCGGCACCAGUGCAAACGCGGGCAAUGCGAUAUGGGCCGUGAUCCCUGAAGGAUGCAGCGCAACAUAUAAUGCCAACAUCAGCAAUUGCGCGAACGAGCGUGGCUACGUUUUCAAGAGCAAUACUAGCACGACAUGGUCGAGCGAGCGGUUGAGCAAUGGUGGUCUUUAUGAGCUCGAUACAUACGUGGAGGGCUCUUUGGGCUACGAUGGGAACGCAUACUACGGCUUCGACACGGUCUCCUUGGGCUUGGAAGGCUCAGCAUUGCCGAUACUGCACAACCAGCUAGUAGCAGGAAUCGCGAGCAACAACUACUGGCUCGGUAGUCUGGGCAUCAGUCCUAUUCCACACAAUUUCACGACUCUCGACUCUCCUGUGCGGAGCAUGCUGAGCACUUUGCGAGAGACUGGCCAGAUCGCAUCAACAUCUUGGGGCUACACUGCGGGCAGCUCGUACCUGUCGUCUCCUGUUUUCGGCAGCCUGACGCUCAUAAUCACGACACCGAGAACACCUGCUAACAAUGCAAUCAGAGGCGGCUACGACGAAGCGCAAUUGGACGCAUCGAAGACUCUCUCAGCCAUCCCCUUUGGCGCCGACUUUACUCGCGAUCUCAUGGUCGACCUACAGUCCAUCACACACAACGCCCUCGGCAGCUCUCCGCUUCUAUCGCAGGGCGUCUCCGUCUUCAUUGAUAGCAUGGUCACGGCAAUGUGGCUUCCUAUACCUGUUUGCAAAGAGUUCGAGAAAGCCUUCGGCCUGGAGUGGGACUCUUCGAGCGAAAUGUACUUGCUCUCCACAAGCCAGCAUAACGCCUUGCUCGAUCAGAAUCCGACACUUACCCUCACGCUCGGCUCCGGGUCGAAAACCGUCGACAUCAAGUUCCCGUACGCUGCUUUUGAUCUCGAGAUCAGCCCGCCGCUCGUAAGCAGCAAAUCGUACUACUUUCCAUUGAAGCAAGCGCAGAACGAAUCACAGUACACUCUCGGCCGAGUGUUCUUGCAGGAGGCGUAUGUGGUUGCCGACUACGAUCGGCAGCAGUUCCAGGUAUCGCAGGCGGCGCAUCCGGGCACAGAUGUGGAGCAGAAGAUCACGACGCUUUAUCCUACCGACAACAACAGCACACAAUCAGGCUCGGGCUCUGGCUCUGGCUCUGAUGAUGGCAAGGAUUCUGGCAUCGGGACCGGCACCACAGCAGCAAUCGCAGUAGCCGCCGCGGCCAUCGCAGCCCUCACCGGUAUAGCAGUCUGGUUCUUCCUCCGACGGAAAAAGAAGAGCACCGCACGCGCGGAGCUGUCCGGAGAGGAGAUCUACGAGCAUCGCUCCGACGAGAAGGAUCCAGACCCAUCCGGAACCGCCACUCCAUUGUUUGCAGAGAUGGGCGCUGAAGGCACGGCGAUCCAUGAAGUUGGAAGUGAGAGCAAAGUGGAGUUGGAUGCACCACAUGCGACGUUCUAUGAGAUGCCUGAUAAGGGGGAGGUGGCAGAGAAGGAUGGGUUUGGUGUUGGAACGCCGCAGCCUAUUGAGAUGGAUGCUUCGCCGAGGUUUGAGCUGGAUGGUGGUUAUGGUGGUUGGGAGAAAGCUGGGUCGGAUAGAUAG